CACAGGCACAGGGCACAGGACUGCCAGAGGUCAGAAAUGUAUGUAGGAGAUUCUUCAAAGAAAUUUAAGUAGACUUGCCCUUUGAUCAACAAUCCCACUAUCGGGUAUCUACCUUGGGGAAAAGAAUUCAUUUUAUCGGGUGGCGCCUGUGGCUCAGUCGGUAGGGCGCCGGCCCCAUAUACCAAGGGUGGCAGGUUCAAACCCGGCCCCGGCUGAACUGCAACCAAAAAAUAGCUGGGUGUUGUGGCGGGCGCCUGUAGUCCCAGCUGCUUGGGAGGCUGAGGCAAGAGAAUCGCUUAAGCCCAGGAGUUGGAGGUUGCUGUGAGCUGUGUGAUGCCAUGGCACUCUACCAAGGGCCAUAAAGUGAGACCCUGUCUCUACAAAAAAAAAAAAAAAAGAAUUCAUUUUAUCAAAAAGACACCUACACUUGGGCGGCACCUGUGGCUCAGUGAGUAGGGCGCCAGCCCCAUAUACUGAAGGUGGCUGGUUCAAACCUAGCCCUGGCCAAACUGCAACAAAAAAAAUAACCGGAGGUUGUGGCGGGUGCCUGUAGUCCCAGCUACUCAGGAGGCGGAGGCAAAAGAAUCUUCUAAGCCCAAGAGCUGGAGGUUGCUAUGAGCUGUGUCGCCCUUGGCGACAGAGUGAGACUCUAUCUCUAAAAAAAAAAAAAAAAAAGGCUGGGCACCUGUGGCUGAAGUGGCUAAGGCGCCAGCCACAUACACCUGGCGGGUUCGAAUCCAGCCCAGGCCGCCAAACAACAAUGAUGGCUGCAACCAAAAAAAAAAAAAAAAAAGCCGAGUGCUGUGGUGGGCGCCUGUAGCCGAGCUACUUGUGAGGCGGAGGCAGGAGAAUCGCUUGAGCCCAGGAGUUGGAGGUUGCUGUGAGCUGUAAUGCCACGGCACUCUACCCAGGGCGAUAGCUUGAGGCUCUGUCUCAAAAAAUAAAUAAAAAUAAAUAAAUAAAAAUGUGGGAGCUAAAUGAUUGGUACAAACAGGAACAAAGAGGUGUUAAGGACUCUGGAAAAAAGAAGGAGGGAGGGGAGGAAAAAAACUUACCUAUCAGGUACAAUGAACACUAUCCUAGUGGCAGGCACACUAAAAGCCAUGACUUCAACAUUAAAAAAUUCACCUUGCACAAAAAUAAAACAAAAACACUUGCACCAAUUCGGCGGUUACCUCUGAGCAGAUCGGACUCUUCUAGCUCUCGCAUCUCGCUCCGCUUCCUCCGCUACCAUGUCUGACAAACCCGAUAUGGCUGAGAUCGAGAAAUUCGAUAAGUCGAAAUUGAAGAAGACGGAAACGCAAGAGAAGAAUCCACUGCCUUCCAAAGAAACGAUCGAACAGGAGGAGCAAGCAGGCGAGUCAUAAUGAGGCGAGCGCCGCCGAUAUGCACUGGACAUUCCACAAGCAUUGCCUUCUUAUUUUACUUCUUUUAGCUGUUUAACUUUGUAAGAUGCAGAGAGGUUGGAUCAAGUUUAAAUGACUGUGCUGCCCCUUUCACAUCAAAGUAUCCAGAACUACUGACAACGAAGGCCACGCCUGCCUCUACCAUCUGCCUGUCUGGCUGGCAGGGAAGGAAAAGAACUUGCAUGUUGGUGAAGAAAGAAUUGGGGUGGGACGACAGUGAAAUCUACAGUUAAAACUAAGCUGGCCCCAGGGUUUCUUGCAGGCUGUAAAAUGCAGUUUAAUCUGAGUGCCAUUUUUUUUUCGUUCAAAUGAUUUUAAUUAUUGGAAUGCACAAUUUUUUUAUUAAUGCAAAUAAAAAGUUUUAAAAC